UCUGCAGGAAUGAUUGCCGCUAUCAGUCUCGCGUUCACCGCCCGGCUGAGGAGGUGAAAGUUUCUCCCCAGGAAGAUAAACCGCAAAAGACAAUAUUGUGCAUGAUUUGCGCCUUUUUUUUUUUUUUUUUUUUUUUUUCAGAGUGAGAAAAAAAAAAGGCCCCCAAAAGAAAAAAAUCGGGGAGAGUGUGGGGAAGCUCGAAGAGGAGAGAGAAACAAUCUCUCAGCCACUUCGCAACAUUCCUAUAGCCAAAAAAAUCACUGAAGGAAGUUUCUUUUUUUUUUUUUCUUUUCUUUUUUUUUUUUUUCUUUCCUGCCCACGUUGAUCUCUCUCCGUUAUUGUUAUUUGCAGCCAGUUUAUUUUUGAGCCCACCCAACCCCCCCUCCCCACUUAAACCUCCCUGAAAAGUCAAAGCAGAGAGACAGGGAAUAUUUUUGGGGGCACAUUUUUAUUAUUUGCAACUACGAAGAUCUCUUUCCUCCUUUCCCACCAGCCUCUGAUUUUUUUUUUUCCCCCUUCUCCCCCCCCCCCCUUUUUUUCCCCCUGCGCUGAUGCCGAAGGGGGUGUUUUUGAUGUGGUUGCUUUGGUGGUGAUCGUCGCUGACUUUCCAAAGAGGGUGUUUUCGCCGCUGCUGCUGCUGCUGCUUCUCUCCGCGUUGUGUGUGUGCGCGCGUGCUUUUUUUUUGGUUGCUGCAUCGACGCUGGGAAGAUGCUUCUGGAUGCUGGACCGCAGUAUCCCGCCAUAGGAGUCACUACCUUCGGAUCGUCUCGCCACCACUCCACGGCCGAUGUCACGGACAGAGAAGUGGGGCUGGGGAUCAACCCCUUCGCCGACGGCAUGGGCGCCUUCAAAAUCAACCCCAGCACCCACGAGCUGGCCUCGGCCGGCCAAACCGCCUUCACCUCGCAGGCUCCCGGCUACGCGGCGGCGGCCCUGGGGCACCACCACCACCCGACCCACGUCAGCUCCUACUCCAGCGCAGCGUUCAACUCCACCCGGGACUUUCUGUUCCGCAACCGCGGCUUCGGGGAGGCGGCGGCCGCCAGCGCCCAGCACAGCCUCUUCGCCUCCGCCGCCGGCAGCUUCGCCGGCCCCCACGGACACAGCGAUGCCGCGGGACAUAUACUUUUCCCCGGGCUGCACGAGCAAGCCGCCAGCCACGCUUCACCCAACGUGGUGAACGGGCAGAUGCGCCUGGGCUUCUCCGGAGACAUGUACGGCAGACCCGACCAGUACGGCCAGGUCACCAGCCCCCGCUCCGAGCACUACGCCUCGACCCAGCUGCACGGCUACGGCCACAUGAACAUGAACAUGGCAGCCCACCACGGAGCAGGGGCCUUCUUUCGUUAUAUGAGGCAGCCCAUCAAACAGGAACUCAUCUGUAAGUGGAUUGAGCCCGAGCAAUUGUCAAACCCUAAAAAGUCCUGCAACAAAACUUUCAGCACGAUGCACGAGCUGGUGACUCAUGUCACCGUGGAGCACGUUGGAGGACCCGAGCAGUCCAAUCACAUAUGUUUCUGGGAAGAGUGUCCAAGAGAAGGGAAGCCUUUCAAGGCCAAAUACAAACUUGUAAAUCACAUCAGAGUCCACACAGGUGAAAAACCUUUCCCCUGCCCUUUCCCAGGCUGUGGCAAAGUGUUUGCCAGAUCAGAGAAUCUCAAAAUACACAAAAGAACUCAUACAGGUGAAAAACCAUUUAAGUGUGAAUUUGAGGGCUGUGACAGGCGCUUUGCAAACAGCAGCGACCGCAAAAAGCACAUGCAUGUGCACACUUCCGACAAGCCCUAUCUCUGCAAAAUGUGUGACAAGUCCUACACGCACCCCAGCUCCCUCAGAAAGCACAUGAAGGUCCAUGAAUCGUCCUCGCAGGGGUCCCAGCCUUCUCCCGCCGCCAGCUCAGGCUACGAGUCCUCCACCCCUCCAACCAUCGUGUCGCCAUCCACAGAAAACCAGACCACCAGUUCCUUAUCCCCUUCCUCGUCCGCAGUCCACCACACGUCCAGCCACAGCACGCUUACAUCAAAUUUUAACGAAUGGUACGUUUAAAACGCUAAAGCGAAACAAUAAGAAAUCUCUAACCGAAACAAAACAAAACAAAACAAAAAAAGCCCCAAGCGAGCAAACCAGUACUCUAUUUAAGACUCCAAAAAUAAUGAACACUUUGAAAUCAGAUUUUUUUUUUUUUUAAAGGCAAACAAAAACAAAAUGCUGCCAGUAGACCCAGGACUGAGUAAAAUAAAGACUCAUUUUGUUUGUUUGUUUGUUUUCCUUUCUUUGUUUUUUUUUUUUUUUUUUUAAUUGUCUUUUGUCUUUAUUUUUUCUUUCCUUUUUUUUUCUUUUUUUUUUUUUUCCCCACUUUCGGACUGUUCCGCUCUGCUCUGAGGCUUGGUAGGUGAAAGGGGUUAGUAGAAUGCCUAAAGAAGACAAGGUUACCAGGGCAAAUGCCAACCGUGUAAGGCUUUACUGGAAACCACUGAUUAGAGCUCUCCAACUGCAUGUCUGCUCGGGCAGCGGCCUUCCCCGUCCCCUUGUACAUACAGAAUUAUUAGCUUCGGAAAAAAAAAAAAAAAAAAAAAAGGAAACAAAACCCA